CGACGCGCCCACGCACGCACGGAGACCCGAUCAGAGCAACACUGGCGAUGAGAUGAAGCGAGCUCACACGAGAAGAGAAAGCUGUGUUGUUCUGGAGCCGCUGCUCGUCUGGAUCCAUGUCCUGAAACACUGAUCUGCUCGGAGUUUUACUGGAGGUUAAUAUCGGACGCACCUGCGCGCGCGAACAGGAUUUCUGAUGGCUCUGCUCGCCCUGCUGCUGCUGCUGGGCUCGGCGUCGGGCUCGGCCCCGGGGCCCCAGUGGCCCCUUCAGCGUGUGCCUGUGGUUUGGCCCCAGCAGACGGAGGAGCGGCCGGCGCCUCACUUCCUGCGGCCCGCUCAGCUGGAGCUCAGCUCUUCCUGUGGCCCCGAGUGCCACAAGCGGGCCCCUGCACCCAGCUACUGGGACCUGCGCCAGUUCCUGUCCUACGAAACGCUGCACUCCAGCGGCCAGCUGACCGAGACGGCGGUGGGCAUCUACGGAUUUGACGCCGAGGCCUUCUACAGGCCCCCCGCCGGCCACUCCAGACGCAGACGCCAGAUCUUCGGUACAGACAGCCGCUUCAGUAUCAUCGGCCAGGACUUCCUCAUGAACUACCCCUUCUCUACCGCCGUCAAGCUGUCCACCGGAUGCUCGGGGACGCUGGUGGGGGACCGGCACGUCCUCACGGCGGCGCACUGCGUUCACGAUGGAAAGAACUACGUCAAAGGAGCCCAGAGGCUGAGAGUGGGCUUCCUGAAGCCGCGGCAGAAAGAGACGUCCGGCGGAAACGGCACUGAACUGAGCAAGAUGAAGUUCCAGUGGAUCCGAGUCAAGCGCACACACGUGCCCAAGGGCUGGAUCACUAACACUGGCUCGGCCAACGACAUCGGCAUGGAUUACGACUACGCCCUGCUGGAGCUCAAGAAGGCCCACAAGCGGAGGCACAUGAAGCUGGGCAUCAGCCCCGCGGCUAAGCAGCUCCCCGGGAAGCGUGUGCAGUUCUCCGGGUUUGAUAACGACCGGCCGGGUCAGCUGGUGUACCGCUUCUGCGAGGCCGGGGACGAAACCUACGACCUGCUGUACCAGCGCUGCGAUGCUCAGCCGGGUGCCAGCGGCUCUGGGGUCUACACCCGCAUGUGGAACCGCAGACGCCGGCGCUGGGAGCGCAAGGUCAUCGGGAUCUUCUCCGGACACCAGUGGGUGGACCUCAGUGGCACGCCUCAGGAGUUCAACGUGGCGGUGCGCAUCACUCCGCUGAAGUUCGCCCAGAUCUGCUACUGGAUCAAGGGAAACUACGUGGACUGCAGAGAAGGCUGAGUAGCAGUGGAGCGCUUUGCUUUCUCUCCGUUAGCACAUAAGAUACUCUAUUAUUUCAUGCAGAAAAGUUGCACAGUCCAGAAUAUGCAUCAAUAACUAAUAAAAUUCUUUGUUUUUUUAA